AUGAGUGGAAGCGGUGGCUACUACAAGUAUCGAUGCAAAUACUUCUAUACCCAUAACUGCCCUAAUUGGGUUUAUGUGAAUAAUUCCCCUUGUGCAAACUGCUGCGCGGAAGGACGAGAUGGCGACAGUGGAGCUUCUGAGACUCCUCCGUCGAGGUACUCCCAUGACAUCUGCGUCCCACGAGUUGAAGACGGCGUUGUACACUACACCUUGAUGGAGAUUGUCAAUAUUACAGACGAGACUGGAAAUCAAUGGGCACUGAGGUACAAGGUCAAUCAGACUCAGGUUCCCAUCGUCAUGACGACCAGUGCCACUCCUGGACCGCCAGUCCCGGCUACGAGUUAUUGA